UUCGUUGGCUCUAGUUACGGCAUUGCUGUCACUCCCACCUUCCUUCUCCUUAGUCAAUAUUACCCUUAUCACAAAGUCGCCCGACCAAAACAAAGAGAACACGAGAUUAUUUCCCUCGUUGGCUUGAGUCCAAAACAAUUCCCUUUUCUUCCCUAUCCCACUCUCCCCAAAAUACGCGCUGACAUGCACGUUUAAAUGUAUAAAGACAGGGCAGUCAGUAUUUUCUCUUUCAAGUUCGAAAUCCAAAAGCAAAUUAACGCCUUUUUCUUCUGUUUGCUGAGCUCUCUCCCCCAACAUCACCAUGGCAGAUAGGGUAUACCCCAAACAAGCGACAAAUGGCACCGCCGCCGCAUCCAACCCUUCUUUUCCGGCCACUAAAGCACAACAAUACGGAGCCUCCCGCCCUGUCUACCGUCCACAACCCGAACGCCACCGCUACCGCCGCUCUUGCUGUUCUUGCUGCCUUUGGGCCACCAUAGCUAUCCUCGUUCUCAUCCUCAUAGCCGCCGUAGCUUCUGCUAUAUUGUACGUUCUUUACCGCCCUCACCGUCCUACUUUCACUGUUUCCUCCCUCAAAAUCUCGGCACUUAACGUAACCUCAGCUUCCAAGCUGAUCACCAACAUCAACCUAAACGUCACAGCCAAAAACCCAAACAAGAAAGUCGUCUACAGUUACAACCCAAUCACCGUAUCGCUUGUCACAGACGACGACAUCGCUAUUGGGGAAGGUUCCUUCGGUUCCUUCGUGCACGGAACUAAAAACACGACCCUCUUGAAAGCUGCCAUAACUAGUAGCAACCAAGAACUCGAUGACGCGUCAGCUGCCAAAUUGAAGAAAGCUUUGAAGAGCAAGAAGGGGCUGCCAUUAAAGAUAAAGCUCGAUACUAAAGUGGAAGCAAAAAUGGGAGCAUUGAAGACACCAAAGGUUGGGAUAAGGGUUGUUUGUGAAGGGAUUAAAGCUACUGCCCCGAAGGCAAAAUCAGCAACCACAGCUUCAACUUCUAAUGCAAAAUGUAAGGUUGAUUUGAGACUCAAGAUCUGGAGCCCGUGGCCCAUUUCACUCAUGUAUCGAAUAGCUUCAAAAUUAGCUUCAUCUAUUAGUUCCUCGACUUCGAGGAAACUGGUUUGUAAUAGGAUAAUUUGCAAUAGGAAUUAUGUAGCAAAGGAUAUCAGUUUCGGGGUUGGGGCACGGGCGGCUAUGAUGUUGGGUGUGUCUGAAGUUGCAGAUGCUGUGAAAGUCACAAUGGGACCAAAGGGUCGCAAUGUAAUUAUUGAGAGUAGUCGGGGCUAUCCUAAAGUCACGAAGGAUGGUGUUACUGUUGCCAAGAGCAUUCAAUUCAAGGAUAAGGCUAAAAAUGUUGGUGCAGAUUUUGUAAAGCAGGUUGCAAAUGCCACCAAUAAAGUUGCUGGAGAUGGUACAACUUGUGCAACUGUCCUAACUCAGGCAAUUCUUUUGGAAGGCUGCAAGUCAUUGGCUGCUGGCAUAAAUGUGAUGGACUUGAGAAAAGGAAUUAAUAUGGCAGUUGAUACUGUCAUAUCUGACUUGAAAAGCAGGGCAGUAAUGAUAAGCACACCAGAAGAAAUUACACAGGUUGCCACUAUUUCAGCAAAUGGAGAACGUGAAAUUGGAGAAUUGAUAGCAAGAGCAAUGGAGAAAGUUGGGAAGGAAGGGGUCAUUACUGUCACUGAUGGGAAUACUUUAGACAAUGAGUUAGAAGUGGUGGAAGGAAUGAAGCUAGGCAGAGGUUAUAUCUCUCCCUAUUUUGUUACCGAUCAAAAGACCCAGAAAUGUGAACUUGAGAAUCCCUUGAUUCUCAUUCAUGACAAGAAAAUUUCAGAUAUUAACUCACUUGUGAGGAUAUUGGAGUUGGCUAUAAAUAAAAACAGACCCCUUCUUCUUGUUGCUGAGGAUUUGGAGAGUGAUGCGCUUCAGUUACUUAUUCUCAACAAGCAUCAUGCUGGUUUGAAGGUUUGUGCCAUCAAAGCUCCUGGUUUUGGGGAUAAUAGACGGGCAAAUUUAGAUGACCUUGCCAUUCUUACCGGCGGAGAGGUUAUCAGUGAAGAACGUGGCUUAACUCUUGACAAAGUCAAAGUUGAAAUGCUUGGUACUGCAAAAAGGGUCACUGUCUCACUUGAUGACACAAUAAUUCUACAUGGGGGAGGGGAUAAGAAGCUGAUCGAAGAAAGAUGUGAGCAGCUGAGGACAGCCAUGGAUACGAGCAGUGCCAUGUUUGACAGGGAGAAAGCACAAGAAAGAUUAUCAAAACUAUCUGGGGGUGUGGCUGUUUUCAAGGUUGGUGGAGCUAGUGAGGCAGAAGUUGGAGAAAGGAAAGAUAGGGUCACAGAUGCUUUGAAUGCCACAAGAGCAGCUGUGGAAGAGGGUAUUGUGCCAGGCGGUGGUGUUGCUCUCUUAUAUAGUACAAAGGCUUUGCAGAAUCUUCAAACCGAAAAUGAAGAUAAAAAAAGAGGCGUUCAGAUAAUUCAGGACGCUCUUAAGGUACCUACUUCAACUAUAGCUUCUAAUGCUGGUUAUGAUGGCUCUCUGGUUCUUGGGAAACUACUGGAACAAGAUGAUGAUAAUUUGGGUUUUGAUGCUUCAAAAGGUGCAUAUAUUGAUAUGGUGAAAGCUGGAAUCAUAGACCCUCUCAAAGUCAUUAGAACAGCCUUAGUCGAUGCCGCCAGUGUCUCAUUGCUAUUAACGACAACCGAGGCAUCUGUCCUGGAAAAUCCAGAUGAGAAGAAACCACCAAGUCGUAUGCCAGACAUUGAUAAUGACUACUAGGUGGACUAUACCAGUUGGAGUACUUAAAACACUUUUUGUCAUCCUGCUUAAAAUAGCAGAGAACUUAAAUUGAGAGCCAAGGUUCAACCCUGAUGAACUCGUUUAAGAGGAAUACAUGAUGAUGGUAACCAAUUAUAAAAGAAAAGAUAAAUAGGAUCAUGCUUAUUGAUGUCAUUGCACAAUUAGUGAUCUGGGAUUUUUGUAGUACAAAGAAAAUUAGUUGAGGACUCGUUUAUUGCAACUGUUGUUUUUUUUCUUUGGAAUCGUAUCUGUAGUAUAUUACCAUAUAAAAUUUCAUUCCAUUAA